AUGCAAUCUGCUGAUCAAGACCACUUCUUUGAGACCGAUGCGUCUCAAGUACAGAGAGCGAGGAAGGCCGCCAAGGCUGGCAACAAGCAUGGUGACCCUUUGGAAAUGAAGUCCAAGAUUCUGGCGGCGGUUCCAGACCCAAUGUCGCCGUCCUCUGGAAUUUUCAUUGCCGAGUCUGCAGGUUACGUUCGGCAAGUGAAGUUGUCUCUCUCUCAACCACACUCGACGACGUAUCGUGGUCCCAAAGCCCCAGUGACUUGUCUGGCAAUUGGGGCCGCCGGCAACAGCAGGACCAUCUUUGCGGGGUCUUGGGACAAGGAUAUCUGGUCGUGGGACGUUGAGUCAACGCAGCUUGGACGCAAAUAUAGCGGCCACGCUGAUUUUGUAAAGGCCGUGCUCUGCGCCAAGCUCAAAAACAGGGACAUUCUCAUCAGUGGUGGAGCCGACAAGAAGAUAAUCGUGUGGGAUGUAGAAACGGGUCGCAGGCUGCACACCAUUCAAGAUGCCACGACAACGAUGCUCGCCAUUCAGCAUCUCGCUCUGGAUCCCGCACUCAGCACCCGCGAUGAGCUCGUGCUGGUAAGUGCCAGCAGCGAUCCUCACAUUCGGCGAUGGAAAAUCGGUCUUGAUGACUACGAGCAAAUAACAGAGACCUUUGCCGAUCGACCUGGUGCCGAGCGAUCGACCAUUGAGGAGCACGACACGAGUGUUUACAGGCUGGUGUUUGACACGGACGGAGAGGACGCCGACUUGUGGACAGCAAGCGCAGACGGAACGGCAAAGUGCCUGUCCAGGUCCCGGAACUUUGUCGCCGAAGAUUGCCUGAAUCAUGGCGACUAUGUUCGGUCGGUUCAACCAACCGAACAAUGGGUCAUCACAGCCGGAAGGGACGAAAAUGUCAAGGUAUGGGACAGGGCAACUGGAAAGCUGUAUUGCUCUCUGGAAGGGCAUUUUGAAGAGAUCACGGACCUGGUGCUGCUUCGCGGUGCUCAGGGCUCGCCCGAGAAGAUAUGCAGCGUCAGUAUCGACAGGACGAUACGCACCUGGCCUCUCCAAAAGACGGAUCUCGAUGACGUAGUCAGAAGGAUUGAAGAGGCCAAGAAACCGAGCACCGACGGGGCAGACACGGGUGCCGAGACCCUUGUCACUGCUGAAGAGGAAGCAGAGCUGGCGGAACUAAUGGAUGACUAG